AUGAAGCGCCCAACCGCAGCGAAGGCUCUAUUCAUGAGCUUCGGAGCCGUUGUCGCGCAAGACUACAACGCCCCGCCACCUGAUCUUUCGACGCUCCCAAGUCUUUCUCUUUUCGAUACUUGGAGACCUCAUAUCCACGUCCUCCCACCAGCAGGCCAGAUUGGAGACCCAUGUGCGCAUUAUGUCGACCCCGAGACAGGUCUCUUCCAUGUCGGCUAUCUGCACAACGGCACUGGCAUUGCAAGUGUACAGACAGAUAACCUUGUUCACUAUUAUGAUGUAAACGAAAACGGCAACUAUUCAAUUGUUGCUGGUGGUCGAAAUGACCCCCUUGCAGUUUUUGAUGGCUCUGUCAUUCCUAGUGGUGUUGAUGGCAAGCCAACACUCUUGUACACAGGAGUUUCAGCGCUCCCAAUCCACUGGACUCUUCCAUACACCCGCGGAAGUGAGGCUCAAUCCCUGGCAGUCACCUAUGAUGGUGGGAAGAACUUCACCAAACUGGACAUUCCACCAGUUAUUCCUGAACCUCCUGCUGGGCUAGAUGUAACUGCCUUCCGUGACCCCUUUGUCUUCAAGAACGGAGAGCUUGACCAAGCCCUCAACAGCGAUGAGGGAACGUGGUAUACUGCAAUCUCAGGUGGUAUUCAGGAUGUCGGUCCUGGUAUAUUCCUGUACCGCAAUCUGAGUCCCGAGAGUUUUACCGAGUGGGAGUAUGUGGGAGAAUGGUUCAAUGCACCGGCAAACUCCACCUGGGGUAACGGUGACUGGUCUAGGGUCUUUGGCUAUAACUGGGAGACCGCCAAUGCAUUGAGCCUUGAUAGAGAAGGGUACAACGUCAAUGGCAAGACUUUUGUGACCUUUGGUGUGGAGGGUUCGUAUGCCCCAAUCCAGGAAUCUGUCACCUCCAUGCAUGCCAUGCUUUGGGCAUCAUCCAGCGGUGUUACAGCCACCGAAGAUGGGGAUGCAGUUUUCAACCCUGAUAUGGUCGGUGUCCUUGACUGGGGCUUGUCAGCCUACGCUGGUGCUGGGAAGGUUGUGCCUAGCACCUCUCAAGCAUCCUCUCGCAGUGGCGCUCCGGACCGCUUCCUCACCUAUAUCUGGUUGACUGGCGAUGUGUUUGGAGGAGUUGUCGGCUUCCCUGCUGAGCAGCAAGGCUGGCAGAAUACAUUGCUCCUGCCACGUGAGCUGUAUGUGAAGGACAUCCCGAAUGUGGUUAACAACGACCUUGUGCAGGAGAUUGGCUCAUGGCGUGUGGCCGGCGACGCUGGCAAAUGUGUUGAACUCGAGACCCUUGGAAUCGAUAUUGCGCGGGAGACCUAUGAUGCUAUUACUAGUGCUCCAAGCUUUGAAGAACCGGACAGGACACUUUCUGAAGAUGCUAUCAUUCCGUUCGGCCAAUCACCUGAAUCGAGAUUUUUCUCUCUUGAGGCUCGAAUUUCCUUCCCGGCGUCAGCGCGUGACUCUGCCUUGCAGUCAGGUUUCCAGAUCCUGGCCUCGGAGCAAGAGUCAACCACCAUCUAUUACCAAUUCUCGAACGAAUCCAUCAUCAUUGACCGCUACAACACCAGUGCAGCUGCAGAGACGACCAGUGGCAUAGAUGCGUCCCCCGAGGCCGGACGUCUGCGCCUCUUCGACAUUGACGACAGCUGUGCUAGCAAAGGUAGCAACAAAGAUGAUGAUAACGCCAGCAAGCCCAGGAAAACGCACAUUGAGACUUUGGACCUUACUAUUACUGUUGACAACUCUGUUCUCGAGGUAUACGCCAACGGGCGCUUCGCGUUGUCUACUUAUGCUCGUCCCUGGUAUGCCAACUCGACCGAGAUUCGCUUCUUCCACAACGGCGAGGGCGAGGUCUUGUUCAGCAACAUUCGCGUUGCUGAUGGCUUGUACGAUGCGUACCCGGAGAGAGCGCGGUAA